UAAUGGCAAAUAUUAUCUGUUCCAAAAAAUCACUUUGGCAACAAGUGUGUGAAGAGUUUGAAGCCGAGCUUCCCAGUCCUCCCAGUGCUGUGUGGACAGAAAGCAGCUCAGGGACAAACCUCUCCCAGUACAGCACCAGUAAACCCUCCCCGGUCUUCUGUGGACUCCCCACAGCCAAGGUGUGUGUGGACGAUGACCCUCUCAGAGACUUUGACUCUCUGCUUUGCCACCCUGCUCUUCCUGGCUACUCUGUGUUAGGAAAACCUUGUCUUUCAAAAAUGAAGCGUCCCCCUCCCCCUGCAGCUGAAGCUAUGAUGCCUCCACAACUACAUAAAAGUCCUGUCACACACUUUUUGGAGCGGAGAGUGUUUCCGGUGUUAUUGCCUGGACUGGAAGCUUUGCUGACAGAAGCACGGAAGCAUGGCUGUCUGGAGAGGGAAAGAACAGCAUUUAACCCGUGUGACUUCCUGACUGAGUGGCUCUACAAUCAAAACCCCCGCAGGCGAGAACAGGUUCCAGUGAACUUCCACGACAUCCCCUUUGUGAAGGACUGGAUUAAAACAAAUCCCAGGCCUCCUGUCCCUCUGUUUCUCCUGCUGAGCGAGGAUCAGGCUGCUCUGCUCAUCCAGGCUUUCUGGAGGGGAUACAAGAUUAGGUCACGCCCAGAUGUGCAGGAGCUGCGCCAGUGGCAGAAAGAACUGAGAGAGAACCGUGACAUCGCCAAAACUGUCGCGCAGUUCUGGGCCCAACGAGAGAGCCGAGUUGGCUCUGCAAUGACAAAUCUUCCGGGAAGCCCCCAGCCCGGCGACUCAGAUGUGUCCAUCCAGGUGGUUUCCCCCACCCCGCAGAGCACCGUGGUCCACACCCCCACCCCCCAGAUGACCCCUGAUGGCAUCGAGUGGCUGACCCCCAGCCUGCGCGGUGCGGAGAAGAUGGCCUCCUCAACAGUGACCGAUUUCCUGGCUGUGUCCAUGCAUGGUGAAAAAUCCCUGACUGCACCUCCCUUUAACUAGAAACAUGAACAACGUGGACUGGUGGCAUUGUUAACUGAAAUGAUUAGCUCUGUGAACAAGGCUUUCCUGGUGAUUAAAAGCUAUAAACCUCUGUUAGGCUGACGUCAAACCGAGCGAAGUGAUCAUUGAAACAAGCCAUUAAAA